AUGGCGCCAAAGAAAGCAAGCACCAGCACGAAGAAGGCAGCGGCUGCGCCUCAGCAUGCCUCGUACCAAGAUAUGAUCAAGGAGGCUAUCAUCAAUCUCAAGGAUCGAUCAGGUUCUAGCCGGCAAGCCAUCAAGAAGUACGUGCAGGCCAACAACAACCUGAGCGGCGUCACCGAUGCUCAGUUCACCGCGCAAUUCAACCGCGCUCUUGCCAAGGGCUCUGAGGCCGGAGUGUUUGCCCGCCCGAAAGGGGCUCCCGGACCCGUGAAGCUCGCAGGCCCGAACGACAAGAAAGCAGACGCGCCUGCCGUCACCAAAGCUGCCCCAGCGACUAAGGCACCUGCCAAGGCUAAAGUGACUAAGCCCGCCGCCGCGAAGAAGGCACCGACCAAGGCUGCUGCUAAGAAGCCCACGACCGCGAAGAAGGCUGCACCAGCUAAGAAGACCGCAACCAAGAGCAAGGCGAACACGAGCAAGGUCCGCAAGACAUCCGCCGCUGCACCCGCGGUUGAGGCACCCAAGGCCGUUGUCCUCGGCAAGACCAAGUCUGGCCGCGUGACGAAGUCCACUCAAGCCCAACCCCAAAAGAAGACUGCUGCCAAGCGGAAGGCUCCGGCGAAGAAAGCAACGCCGAAAAAGACCGCCACGCCAAAGGCGAAGGCUUGA